GCUGGUUAAGUUAUUUGGCCCUGAGCGUUGCUAUGAGGUGGAGCUCAGUGCUGACAGCCACCAACUCUCAUGCUGCUCACACUGAACAGACUGAAAGUGCAACAGUUUAGUUGUCAGCCUGGUUUGUUAGAAGUCACUGAGCCAUGACUACAUGCCACCAGAGGAAGCAAACAGAAAACUGUGGAUCAACAGUUCCUGGACUGCCAGGCGACUGGAUGGAUUUCGCCAUGUUCAGUCAUAAGCGGCCUUUGUUUGAUGGCUAUGAAAACCAGCCCUCGCUCUAUACGAAGAAACGUUUGGCCAGAUUGGAAACUCUGGUGGACAGACUCCAGACUGACAGAUCAGACGAAGCUAUGCGACAUAAAAGACUCAAGACUGGCUGCGAUCACCAGUUCAUAUGUGAAACGUGUUCAGACGAAAGCCCAGAUCACCUGACUGACACUCUGAGCCUCUCUGAUCAAACGUCUUCCUGGGCCGACGCUCAGCGCUCUGUGAGGAGAGUUUUAGAGCGUCUCAGGCUCAAGCAUCCCGCCGACAAUUUUCUCCUCAGUGACUCAGUGAACAAAAAAUUCCUGGAGUUUCGCCACGACAUCACGGAGGAAUGCGGCCCCGAGGACAAGCAGCAUUCAUGGGCGGUUAUCGAGAAGCAGGAGGAGGUGAUCAUGUACGGACCUUACUAUCCCAACUACAACAACGGAGAGCACAGCGAGGACGUCAUCAUCAAACAGACCCAGGAGCUCCUGGAGGUGGACUGUGGAGUCUCUGAGGACUGGAAGGUUUACGUUUUCACCAUGAACAGCCCGUGUUUGGCGAGAAACACCGAGCCCUGCAUGCUGAACCUGGUCCAUAAGGCUCAGGAGUGGUGGAGUUUGCACGGAGUGAAGACUCACAUCGGCUUUGUGAGAUGUUGGGGCUUCAAAGGAACCAAAGAAAACCUGUUCAAGGAUCUUAACUACAAACAAGUGGAAUGUGUAACUGAGAUUGUGGACUAUGAGAGCUACGUUAAAGCAGCUGAACAGGGCGCCGAUCUCAAUCUUUUGUGUGAAGACGUGUUUGCGGUCACGAAACACCUUCUCAAAUCUGGACGAAUAAACUUCCCUCUGACAAAUGCUGCACUGAGGCAGGACUGGAAGAGUUACUUCAAAUGUUUGAAUGCCAUUUUUGAAAUCAAACCGGAAGAGGAGAGAAAGAUCUUGACACAGGAGGCGAACGGUUUGAUCGAAGCCAUCGAUGUUCUGCUUUCAGGAGAAAAUGGAAGCUUUGAGGAACAUUUAGAAAGAGGAAGAGCCUUCGCACUCGACCACAGCUUUGGCUCAGGAGUCGAUGAAGCCCUUCAGGAGGAAAUGAGGCUCUUAUUUCUGCAGUGCUGGAGGGAGAUGGUGCAGGACAGAUAUGCAGAGUUCAUCAGGGAGAAGCUGACUGAAGACUUCAAUCAAUGCACCGUCCAGCUUUUUAUUGCAGAUGUUCUAAGGUUCACAGAGGAAUAUCUGCACAUCGGGAAGCUGCAGUUCUUAGAGGACGAUUCAGAAGUGAACGAAAACUGAACGAGAAACACCACUUCUACUCCAUUUGUACAAUUUACAUCAAAAUGCUUUGUCUUUAUUAGUUUGUGUCGAACAAUAUAUCACAAAUGGUGUAUAGUACACAAUUAUACUGGAGUGGACUUUUAACAUAUAAGCUUGUUAUUUCUGUGGCAGUUUGUCCACAUGGACACACUGCACAGAUUAUCAAACAACCCUCACGUAAUAGAUAAUAAUUAGAUGAUAAUGUGAAAUGGGGUUGAGCUCGUUAUAAUAAAUACUAGUUAGAUUUUUGUUAAAGGCCUUAAAGUAUUCAUUGAAACUUCUACUGUAUGCAUGUCUGUGCUUGUGUCAGCAGAGGGAGCUGUGUCCCAGUGCUGGUAGGUAGUUUAGUCAUGUGUUGUUAUUAAAUUUCAAUACCAACAUAUGUUUUUUUUUAUACUUAAGUCUAAAGGACAAAGGUUAAAGUGAACAACAGGACAGCAGAGAGCGAAUUCUUAUUGCACUGAUCAUGUUUGAGGAACUGAAAGGCCCAGAUGAAUUGUAAAAUGUCAUUAAAGUGUAAUAAGUGACUGGGGAUAGGGGUAGGGUUGGGGUUAGGUUGGGUUUGGGGUUGGUUUAGGGUUAGGGUUAGGAUUGGAAUUGGGGUUAGAGUUGGGGUAGGAUUGGGGUUGGAGUUAGGGUUGGGGUCGGCAAAUGCAAUAGGCCCUUUUGUCGUCUGCAGACAUGUUUUAUUGCCAUUGCAGGACACUAAAAAAAUGAGCCGCAGUGCAUUUCAGCAAGGAACUGUAAAGGAAUAACUUUUUCACCUGCAAGAAAAAUGGGCCUAUUAGACUGCCAAUGCUGCUAAAUAAUGUAAAAAUACAAGCCACUUCCCCUUUUACAACUGUGAUAAAUUCAGUAGCAACGGCAACCACAAACAAUGUGCCAGUUUAUGUUGUCCCACAGAGAAACAGAACUAUUUUAAAGCUUUUAGCACAAACGUUCUUGCUUUUUGGUGGCAUUGUCAUAAAGAUACCAUUAAGGCUAAGUGUGAAAAUGUAUAGUUGUUAUUUUUCAUAUACACGUGAACUGACCUUUGAAAAAUAGACUUACUGUAACAAAUCAAUGGUGCAACCUUUUCAGAGAAAGUUGUGUGUGUUUUUGUAUGUUUUGCAUGUCCAGCAUUUCUUUGCACCAUUAAUAUGUUCACAUAAAAACAGCUACAGUCUGA